UAGAAAUCCAUGAUAAUUUUAUUCAAUGGCCGAAUUCUUUAACUUGCUGUCAGUGAUAAAAAAAAAGUUAUUUUUUAAUUUAUUAUUGUUAAUUAACUAUUUAUAAAAAUGGGUAAAGGAUUUAAUAAUUACAUGUGUAAAAAGUUUUUUCAUCCCGCUUCACGUGACAAUUUGAAACGAGUAUGGAUGGCAGAGCAGCAAGCUGAUGCUUACAAAAAGAAACAAGAAGAAUUACGAGUUCAGUAUGAAAAGGAACAAGAUCUCCAUAAUAACAAAGCUCUGCUGAGUAAAGAAAGUAAAGAUAAAUUGAGUGUUAAUUUCAUGUACGAGCCACCUCCAGGUGCUAAAAAAGAACGAGAAAAAGAAGACAAUGAGCCAGAAUAUAAAUUUGAAUGGCAACGAAAAUACAACGCGCCCAGAGAAAGUUAUUGUAAAGGAGACAGUGAAAUUAGGGAUCAACCUUUUGGUAUUCAAGUGAGAAAUGUCAGGUGUAUUAAAUGUCAUAAGUGGGGUCAUAUUAACACAGACAAAGAAUGUCCGUUGUACAGCCAGGCAAUGAGUGUCGUGAUGUCAAAUCAAGAAAAACAAGAGAGUCCUGACGCUUUAACUCUUAUUCAGCAGAUGAGAGACGACGGAUUAGCUUUAAAAAAGUCAGCUAUGACAGCCCAGCAGCACCUAAGAAUACCUCAGCAUGAAGAUGAAAUGGUGUCAGGUGAUGAAGAGAUGUCGGAAGAAGCAUUUUUUAAUUCUUUAACUAAAAAAGAGAAGAAAAGACUUAUAAGGAAAUUAGAAAAAAUGGAGAAGAAAAGAGUGAAGAAGGAAGCUAAGAAACGCAAGAGUAAGAAAGAAAAGAAGAAAAAAUCAAAGAAACGUGAAAGUAUCAGCAGUAACAGUAGCAGCACCGAAAGUAGCGACAGUGAGUCCGAGAGCUCUAGUUCUGAAGACGAGAAGAAACGACGUAAGAAGAAGAAGUCUAAGAAAACACAUGACUCGAGUUCGAGUUCUUCGGAGGAAGAGAAAUUAAUUCUUAAGGAGAAGGAGAGACCUAGAGACAAAGAAAAAGACAAGGAGAGACCGCGGGAAAAGCGGUAUGAGGGUGAAAUAAAGAGGAGAGACGAGAGAUUCGAACGCAAUGAACGUCGGCCAGAGCGCAAUGAUCGCCGAGAUCAUGGGCAUUAUUAUGAUAAAGAAAGUUUUCGAGAUAAGACUGAUUAUAAUCGCGAUCGCAAUCGCCACGAUCGAAAACGAAAGUCUGAGGAAUCAGACGAGCGGAGAUACCGCCAUGAUAAACGGAUAAGAUAUUCUUAAUAUAAAUGCGUUAUUUGUAUUGAUUGUUUAAUUGACAUUAAUUACUAACAUGUUUGUCUUUUUGAAAUACUAUCAUUUGUUUUAAUUGGUAGUUUAAUAAUUAAUUAUUACAAUUAUAUGAAGGAUUUGUUAUUUUAACUGUCAAUCAAUGUUACAUCGAAGCUGAUAAAGUUGCUUUUAAUUCA